GCCGAUCGAAUUCCUGGGGUUAGGGUUUCAUCUCUUCCGUCUCUCACACGUCUCGAGCGAUGGCGAUGGCGGCGGCGACGGCACCGGUGGAGUCGGUGCAGUGCUUCGGAAGGAAGAAGACGGCGGUGGCAGUGGCGCACUGCAAGCGCGGCCGCGGGUUGAUCAAGGUGAACGGCGUCCCGAUCGAGCUGGUGAAGCCGGAGAUCCUCCGCCUUAAGGCCUUCGAGCCCAUCCUCCUCCUCGGGCGGCAGCGCUUCAUGGGCGUUGACAUCCGUAUUCGCGUCCGCGGUGGCGGUAAGACCUCCCAGAUCUACGCCAUCCGCCAGAGCAUCGCGAAGGCGCUCGUUGCCUACCACCAGAAGUUUGUCGACGAGCAGUCCAAGAAGGAGAUCAAGGACAUCCUCGUUCGCUAUGACCGCACCCUCCUCGUCGCAGACCCCCGUCGAUGCGAGCCCAAGAAGUUUGGUGGUCGCGGUGCACGUGCCCGGUUCCAGAAGUCUUACCGUUAGAUCCGUGGGAUGCUACAGUAUGGAUCUUUCCCCCGAAAGGUUCAACCUUCCGUGCUUUUCUUUGCUUGUUGGUUCUUCCGGAUUGCUUCUAGACAUAUUUGGUUUUGCAGUUUUGAUCUAGCUUUCAACUAAGCUUAUGACUAUGGAGAAACUUCUCUUAUUAGACUUGGUUACUUGGAGUAAUUACUAGCUCUUUUUAUGGAUUAUGCAAUCUUAUGAAUCUGUUACAUAUCAUCGACAAUGGUUGACCGUA